CUUGUGUUCUGGACUUAAUUGACUGGGCUAGACAGGGAAGCGAGACCAAUAGACUCUAGGCCGUCCGUACGUGUUUACGUGUCAUUGUAAUCGAUCGAUAACGCAGGGUAGAAAUCGACCUGCAACUUAAAUUCAUAACAAUUGGCGACGGGGUGGAUAAAAAUUUUAAACCUUGUAAUUGGACGAGAUUCAGGCUAAUUGUUUCGACCAAUCAGCAUCCAGAUUGUCAUCAGCGUCCUUGAGCAACAUUGGUCAUUAUUCCUACAGUUAAUUUUCAUUGCAAGUGCUGAAAAAAAUGACUACCUUUUCCGAUCGAUUACAGCUUCUACUUGAGCAACAACAGCAGUGCUUCAAAAAUAGCCAGUUAAAUUUUUUAGAAAAUUUACGCACACUGUUGAAGUUGGCAAGUUCAUUUCUCAUCUGCAGACAGCUGGAAAACAACUGCAGAACAUAUGAAGCUGUUUAUAAAAGCCUCUGUGAAUCCCGGACGACCAGUGAUGUAAACGAGACAGUUAUUCAUGGUCCGCCCAGUUGUCCAGAAAUGUCAAAUUCCGAAACAUUCCCUGUUGUGGGUUCGAAUCCCACUGUGCCCGAAAGAUGUGAGGUAUCCAGCUUACAAGAAGAACCUCUCGUGCCAGAAGAUGUUUCCCGUGCAUCUAAUAAUGGUCAGAAAUCUAAUAUGAAUUUCAAAGAUGCUGUUUGUUUUAGUGACCUAUUAUCCAGUGAUAGAAUUUUGAAGAGGUCUGAAGAAUAUGUUGCACAAGAAUCAAACCUUAAUGACCUCAUGUCUGGUGUCACUAAUCCCCAUCAUCUAGUCAGUUUUAGUGAACCCCCUACUCAAUGCGCGAAAUAUGCUUUAAUUCGAAUCAGACUAACUGUUACUUGGGUAUAUGAGGACCCAACGUUAUUUCGUGGGGGAGGAUGAACCCAGAAAAUUUCAAAAUCCGGAUAUCAACUCGGGAUCUUCAAAAAAAAGGGGAGAUGUUGUGGAUGCGGUGGAAUAGACGAAUAAUUAUCAUGUUAAGUCCAAUGGUGUCCUUGGACUUUAAAUGGACAUUUCCUAUUGGUCAAUAUCUGUUCACUU